UUGAUAGGCAUGGAGGGUGCUGUUCUCUGGGUGUGGGGGGUGUUUGCACAGCAGCCUGCCCCUGGGUAAAUGUGCUUCAGGGGUGAGGCCAGGAUGCUGCAGGGUGGUUCCAGCUGUAAAAUACCUUUAUUCCCUCUUUUCCCCCCAGGGAAGAGGGCAGAGCAGCCUUCCCUCCCAUGGCACAACCUUUCUGGAGAGCUCAGGGAGGGCAGCCCUGGCCGUGGGCAGGUCAGAAGGGCUGGGGAGGGGGUGGUGUCAGCGUGGCUUGCCUGGCCUGACCCCAGCUUCCCACAGUUGCUUCCCCUUCCCCGUGGGGCUGUCAGCAGGGACAGGAUUUCUCCUUCCCACGGCGCUGGUCUGGCAGCUCCUCACACCAUGCCAGGGCUCCUCUGCCCCCCUGGGCAGCUCCUGGCACUGGUGGUGCUUCUGCUGCAGCCGACUGGGAGCCUCGAGGUCCAGUGUCCCAUCCCUCAUAUUUCAAAUGGUCAGCUGAAAUCUGCAGAGAACUUCACCUCCGGCAGCAGCGCCACACUCGACUGCGACCCCGGCUACACGGCCCUGGGUGCCACCACGGUGCAGUGCCUGCCCAGCGGCAGGUGGUACCCACGGGUGCCAGCCUGCACCCCAGGUCGGUGUUCCAGCCCUCCUGCUGUCGACCACGCCGACCUAAACCAUCUGCACGAGUUUCUAGUCGGGACCACCCUGAUCUACUCCUGCAGACACGGGUUCACUUUGAUCCCUGGAGUGUCUCCGACAACUACUUGUCUUAACAAUUUCACGUGGUCUGCAGUCCCAAAGCUUUGCCAGAAGGUGCAGUGUCCCAUCCCAAUUAUCCCCCACGGGAGAGAGAUAAGGGCCAGGAAAACCGAGUACACCUUUGGGCACCAGGCAGAAUUCCACUGUGACCGUGGCUACGUGCUGAAGGGCAGCCAGAGGACCCAGUGCUCGUCUGAUGGGACGUGGAGACCCCCCAUCCCAUACUGUGACAGGGUCUGUGAUCCCCCUCCCAAAAUCUCCAAUGGGCAGCACUCUGCCUCGGGGACUAAGCAGUUCCCAUAUGGCUUUGAAGUCAAGUACACCUGUAUGGAGGGUCUGUCCCUCAUUGGGGAUGAAUCCAUCUACUGCACCUCUGAUGAUGGGGAGAACCUGACAUGGAGUGGAGCUGCCCCGGAGUGCAGGGCGGUUCGGUGCCCCAAGCCCGUGGUCGAGAGGGGAAGGAUGACCCCCCAGAGGUUCACCUUUCCCUACGGGGUGGUGCUGCGGUUCUCCUGUGAUGAAGGCUUUGGACUGAGUGGUGCUCCAGAGACUCAGUGCCAGGCUGAUGGCAGCUGGGACCCUCCUGUGCCCACCUGCCAGCCAGUUCUGUGUCCACAACCACGGGUGGCCUAUGGAAGGCUGAAAAGCCCUUUGGAUGAUAAAACAUGGUACCAGAUCAAUGAGACCGUUACUUUGGGAUGUGCCCCUGGGUACCAGUUUUCAGAUGAUUGGAACAUGUCUCCAGAAGGCUCCUGGACAGCCACAUGCCUGCCUGAUGGCAACUGGACACCGUUGCCCAAGUGUAAGAAAGAAGGUGAUGCUGAUGUAUGUGAAGAGGUUCACUACAUUAAAUCGGCCUUUGAGUGCGGGCUGCCUGUAGCAGAAGUGAAAGCUCUGCUGGAAAUCCAAAAACUGUUUCUGGAGAUUAAAAAACUAGAGGGGGAACUAGAAAAGUAGAGCAAAACUGGAGUCCUGUAAUGCGCUGUAACAACCACGUUUCCUUCGGUGAACGCAGACUUUGUGCAGUCACAGUAUCUAUAAAAAGGCUCUGGGUGGUUUUAUGGUUUAUUUUUGCACACCCAGAGCCAGAAAAAUUAUCACCAAUGCACGGGAGGUUGCUUUUAUCGUGCUAGAUGCCAGAGCAGGGAGUGGUUUUUACUCUUUCCUUUAAAUCUGACAAGCUUGAUUUGCUCUUUAAUUAAUAAGUUGUUUCGUGUUUUAUAUUAGGCAGCAUAGCAAGAAAUUAAAUUGAGCUUCUUUAAGUCGCUGUGUUAACUGUGAUAAGCUGAGAUGAGGGGGAGUGAAGUCUGCACAAGCUGAGAUGAGUGUCCAGAGGUUGUCCCUGAAGGUGCUUCUGCUGGAAUCUUCUGGCUGUGGUUGGUGUACACGCUGCACCCUCUGCAUUAGGGGUGCUAGAAAUAGUGGUGAAGUAAGUGUUCAACUGUGUGAUUUCCUGUUAAUCCAGCUGAUUUCUAUUCAGCCAGUUGAGGGCAGUUUGUAAGAAGGACAUGUUAUCUUAUCCCUGGACUUAAAACAGGCAACAGGUUUCUGGCCUUGUGUUGGUGUCAUCUUCCACAUCCCUAUUUCUGGCACGUGAAUGCUAAGAAUAGAUGUGAUAAGUUCAAGUGCAGAGAAUUAGGCAGCCAAGAUUGUUCCUGUUCCUCAAUAAAUGCUGA